ACGCUCCAGGACUGUGAGACCCACGUCUGUAGAACUUUUUGUUCAUCUGUAGGAUUUCUGUGGAUCUCGUCUGGACAAGGAACUUCCUUGUCAUCUGUUAUUCCGAGCUGCACACCUGAGUCAGUGUCGGUGUUUCUGUGUUGCUGUGUAUUUGUGUUGGUCGCGACCGGCCCCCAUGGUCUGGGGAGCCCGAUAUUUUGGGGCUCAGCAUGCAUCUGAAGGAUACGUGAACCUGAGCGAAGUGACAACCUCGCCAUCUGAUUUUGUUUUUUCAGUUCUUCCCCGGAGUCGCCCUAAGCGGUACCUUGUCGCCGGCUGUCUAUUUUUGUUGUUUCUGUUGUUUGUCUGUUUCAUUGUGAUUUUAGAUUACCCCAAAAUGGGACAACACCUAACCACCCCCCUGAGUUUAACUCUAGAUCACUGGAGAGAAGUUAAGAGCCGAGCUCACAAUCAAUCUGUGGAGAUCAAGAAGCACCAAUGGAUAACCUUUUGUUCCUCCGAGUGGCCAACGUUUAAGUGGCCUCGGGAUGGGACUUUUGACUCUGAUGUUAUUUUGCAGGUUAAAGCUAAGAUCUUCUCCCCUGGACUAACGGGACAUCCGGACCAAGUGGCCUAUAUAGUCACUUGGGAAAACCUCUCCCUCGAACCACCACCGUGGGUGACUCCUUUUCUCAGUCCUGCACGAAGAGUCCCCCUCCCUUCUGCCCCUAAUCCGGACCCUUCGACCACCUCCUUGUGUCCUGUUGUGGUAAAACAAAAGCCUGUUCUGCCCCCUGAUGAGAGUGCUCCUGCUGAUCUGCUGAGUGAGAAUCCCCCUCCCUACCACCCUCCCCCGCAGGCCGCUGCGGCUGUUCCAGAUGAAGUCCCAGCAGAAGGACCGGAGGUUGCUCCCUCCCCCAUUGUGGGGCGACUCAGAGAAAGAAGAGGACAGGGAGAUUCCACACACGUCCUGCCCCUCCGACUCGUAGGAGGGGAAGGGAAUCAGUUUCAGUAUUGGCCCUUUUCUGCUUCAGACUUGUACAACUGGAAAACUCAUAACCCGUCCUUUUCCCAAGACCCGCAGGCCCUAACGGCUCUGAUAGAAUCUAUUCUCCUUACCCACCAACCCACGUGGGACGAUUGCCAACAGCUCCUGCAAGUCCUCCUAACUACGGAGGAAAAGCAGAGAGUCAUUCUAGAAGCCCGAAAGCACGUCCCGGGGGCAGACGGGAGACCGACCCAACUGCCAAAUGAGAUUGAGGCUGCCUUCCCUCUUACUAGACCUGCUUGGGACUUCAACACGGUUGAAGGUAGGGGACACCUACGUCUUUAUCGCCAGGUGCUUGUAGCGGGCCUCCAAGGGGCAGGGAGGCGCCCCACCAAUUUGGCCAAGGUAAGAUCAGUAAUGCAAGGAACCGAUGAGCCGCCCACUGUGUUUUUAGAAAGACUUAAAGAGGCAUAUCGGAGGUACAGUCCCUUUGACCCGGAUAGUCCUGAUCAAGAAGUGAGUGUUUUGAUGUCUUUCAUAUGGCAGUCAGCCCCUGAUAUCAGGAGUAAGCUCCAGAGAAUAGAAAAUUUGCAGGGGCAAGGUCUUAGAGACCUCUUGAGGGAGGCAGAGAGAAUUUUUAACAAGAGAGAGACGCCAGAAGAAAGAGAAGAAAGACAGAAAAGAGAGGCAGAAGAUAGAGAGGCAAUGAGAGAUAGGAAGCGAAAUAAAGAAUUAAGCAGAAUCCUGGCCACAGUAGUAAGAAAGGAAGAUGAGGGCAGAGUAGAAAAGAAGGGAGAUAGAGGGCGUGUCCGACUAGAGAAAGACCAGUGUGCCUAUUGCAAGGAAAAAGGACACUGGAUAAAGGACUGUACCAAGAAAAAGAAAAAACAGAGGGAAGAAGAAGCUGAAAUCCUUAACCUCGAUUAGGGAGGUCGGGGCCAGGAACCCCCACCUGAGCCCAGGGUAACUCUUCGUGUGGGGGGAAAGUCAGUCACCUUCAUGGUAGAUACUGGGGCGCAACAUUCUGUCCUCACCCAGACGACUGGCCCACUUAGCAAGAAAACAAUACGGGUAGAAGGAGCCACUGGAGCCAAGCGCUACCACUGGACUACAAACAGGGAGGUUCAGCUGGCUUCAGGAACGGUGACUCAUACCUUCCUGCAUGUACCAGACUGCCCCUACCCCCUGCUAGGACGGGACCUUUUAACCAAGCUUGGAGCACACAUCUAUUUUGAAAAUAAGGGAGCCAAGAUUACUGAUUCUAAAGGGGCACCUAUACAAGUGCUCACCCUUAAACUAGAAGAUGAAUAUAGACUGCAUCAUGAUCCCCAUCCUGUCCAAACAGGCAUAGAUCAGUGGCUGGCCAAGUACCCAGACGCUUGGGCGGAGACAGGGGGAAUGGGGCUGGCCAUACAUCAGCCACCCCUAAUUAUUGAACUGAAAGCCACCGCGGCACCGGUGGCUGUUAAGCAAUAUCCUAUGACGGCUGAAGCCCACCAAGGAAUUAGACCACAUAUUAAAAGACUGCUAGAACAAGGAAUAUUAGUCCCCUGCUGGUCAGCCUGGAAUACUCCUCUGCUGCCUGUUAAGAAACCUGGGAGCGGGGAUUACAGACCAGUACAAGAUUUAAGGGAAAUCAACAAGCGGGUAGAAGAUAUCCACCCCACGGUCCCGAAUCCUUAUAACUUGCUGAGCACCUUGUCUCCUAGCCAUACUUGGUACACUGUAUUGGACCUGAAAGAUGCCUUCUUCUGUCUAAAGCUGCACCACCAGAGUCAGCCCUUGUUUGCCUUUGAAUGGAAGGACUCCAACCUGGGGAUUUCCAGACAGCUUACUUGGACACGGCUGCCACAGGGGUUUAAGAACAGCCCCACCCUCUUUGAUGAGGCCCUGCACCAAGAUCUGACUGCCAAAUUACUUGAGAAAAUUGGAGCUUUCAACAACCCAGAAACAGGAUACUGGGAGUACCAAGGGAAAACCGUCCUGCCUCAGCGAUCGGUGGAGGGACUCCUAGAUGAACUUCACAGGUGGACCCACUUGGGAGUAACCAAAAUGAAAAAACUAAUCGAGUGA